CACAUGCGAUUAAAAUCCAAAAUCAGCCAUCUCCAUAUACCAUAACCUCAUUAAAAAAUUUUUCUUAAUUAAUUUCCUGGCUUAUUAAUAAUUAAUUAAAAGCUAAAUUUUCAAGUUCUUAUUUCUUAUAAAGUAUGCCAAAUCGAUCACGUUAAUGUGGUGGUAGAAUCGUAAGAGAAAAUUUGUUGUUCUAUUAUAGUUUUUUCAAAAUGUGGCUAGACGAAGUGGAGGAAAUUUUCAAAGGAUACCUUCCUUAUUAUAUCCUAGUUUUUCUGCCGAUUUUUAUCAUAGUUUCCCCUGCGAAUCCUGUUUCGGCGGCUCACGAGUUUCCAGUCUACAGGAUGCAACAUUACGAUUUGCAUGGGAUUUCAUUUGGAAGUCGAGGUGCAGCUGUAAACUUAGAAGCCAGAUCAAUUUCUGCAUGGAGUUCUUCCAGACAUUGCAUUGUCACCAGAUUUACAGAUUUAACUUUGAAUAGUUUUAGAAAUAUCAGAGGAAAAGCUGGAGCGCUUAUUGUCCAGUUACCAAAAACAUUAUCUAAUUUUACUCAAGAAGAAAAACAGCAAUUACUACUACUAGAAAACAAAAUGCUCUACGAACAAGAAACCUCCAUUCCAGUAUACUUUACAAAAUACGAUCCAAAGUUUGACAAUAUAGUUACCGAAUUAGAAACAAAUAUUGACAUAUCCAACAAGAAAAAAUCCGCAACCGAGGCAAUGUUUUCCUCCAUUGCUGGUAACGGAUAUCAAAUCGUGAUUGCCUCAAGUAACCCAACAGCAAGAACUGAUAUUAAAAUACCCACUUUCCAUGGGCAUUUAGCUGGUUCUAGGCCAGACGGAAAAGUACCUACAAUAGCCAUUGUGACGCAUUACGAUAGUUUUGGAGUGGCGCCGGAGUUGUCUUUUGGUGCUGAUGCUAAUGGUUCUGGAGUAAUUGUAAUGCUUGAGUUGAUUAGGUUGCUUUCUGGAUUAUAUUCAAACCCUAAAACUAGAGGAAAAUAUAAUAUUCUAUUUAUAUUAACUGGUGGUGGCAAAAUUAAUUAUCAAGGUAGCAAAAAAUGGCUAGAAGACCAAUUAGAUUCUUCCGAAGGAUCUCUGAUACAAGAAGCCUCAUUUGUUAUGUGUCUUGAUACACUAGCUGCGUCUGAUACAAUUUUCAUGCAUGUUUCCAAGCCUCCAAAAGAAGGCUCAGCAUCUUCAAUGUUUUAUAAAAACUUGAAAUCUGUUGGCGAAGAUCAUCCAUCGGUAUCCAUAGAAGGUGUUCAUAAAAAAAUUAAUUUAGCCGAGGAUAUUUUAGCAUGGGAACAUGAAAGAUAUAGUAUAAGAAGGUUGCCGGGAUUCACUUUGUCGACAGUGAAAAGUCAUAAAGAUUCUUGGCGAUCCACUAUAUUAGAUAGUAGGGAGAAUUUAGAUACAAAUCGUUUAUCGAGGAAUGCUAGGAUUAUAGUAGAUGCUAUAGGGAAAUAUGUUUAUGAUAUUCCAGAAGGGGAGAAAAUGGAUCCAGAUUUGGAAAUAGAUUCAAAUCAAAUUGAAUCCAGACUAAAAUUCUUAGCAGAUCAGCCAAGAUCUCAACAGUUACUUAGUUCAAAAGAUAACGGCUUAGUGACUUCUUUGCAAAACGAUUUCAGUAAAUAUUUAACAGACGUUAAAGUGACGUAUGCAGUUCCAGAUAAACGAGAUCCAGAUUACCAAUUUUUCGGAAACACUAAAGGAACUAUGAAUGUUUACAAUGUGAAACCAGCAGUUUUCGAUCUCAUUUUAACCUUGGCAAUUACUGCCUAUUUAACGUCUGUAUAUUUUGCAAUCAAUUACAUCCCAGCUUUAUAUUCGUUGUGUUCUAAUUUGAUAAAACUAGAAAAAGCGAAAGCUAAAUGAAAUGUGAAAUUGUAAAAAUAUAAGUUUUUCAUCAUAAAUCCUGAACAAAGUAGCAAUAUUUCCUAGCAUAAUUUUGAUUUUUUUCUUGUGUCAGUAAUAGUUGAGUUGCCCCUAAUUUUUUUGCUAGCUUUUUAUUUGGUCAAAAUAGGUACCAAAAAUGACAUCCUAAAUAAUUGUACUUUUUGUAGUCGGUGUAAGAACAAAUAAAACUCGGUGUUGUUUGUUUAUACAAGUUCUUCCUCAAAUGAUAUACAUAAAUAUUAUGAUACAUCAACGGUGGGGCCCUCUACCACCAUAAACCAGUGAGUAGCUUCUGGAGCUCGAAAGAUGAUUUUCACUGGUUUAGAGGGAUAGAGCGCUAUGCCGUCGAUGUAUUUGAGUUAGAACUUGUAUUUUGUGCAUAUUUGAUAUAUUUUUCUUGCAAUCAAGAAGUUCCAAUUCUUGUAAUUUUUACAUUACUUUAUAUUUUGGUCAAAUUUUGAUAUAUAUAUUAGGUGAAUAAUUUUGUUGGUAGGAUUUUAGUGUUUUUUUUUUCUUUAAAAUAAAAUUCGCAAAAAAAUAAU